CACAAAACAAAUACAAAUAACUCCAGCAUAUAUUUUAAAAUAAGUUAUUAUUAAUUAAAAAGAUGAGUGAACGUGAAGUAAAGCAAGUAUUGCGUAAAAUGGACUAUCCACUUUGUGCUAAAGAAGCACUGAAUAAUAUAAAUCAAUUAUUAUGUGGAAGAGCUCCUAAUAUAAAACUAAUGGAUCUGGCUUUAGACCUAAUGUCUGAAUUUGUCUUCUGUGAGGUGGAUCGUCGUGGAAAUAAAACACCAGCCUUUAAUCCAAUCCAAGAAUUACAACUACUUGAAGUUCUUUAUGAUUUUCUCAAUGAAACUGAGGAUGAAACUCAUUGUAAUACAGUUUUUAUGAAUUUAUUCAGUGGCACAACAGCCACACAACGCUUAAAAAUCUUAAACAAACUUGUCUCUAUCGCUUUGGGCACAAAUGCACCUAAAAUAUUGAAUUCUGCAAGUACAUGGAUGCAACAAUUGGGAAAUACUUCAACAAAUAGCUGCAAAUUGGCUGAAAACAUCAUUACAGAUUAUUUUAUUCUUCUGCCUAAAAGUUUAGAGAAUAUUCAUGAGUUGCCAGUGACAUGUCCUCAGUUUACAGCGAAUUUUUUAACUGCUAUUGGAGAAUUGUACUUUGUGGAAGGAAGUUUAAGAUUUCCUCCGAGUUGUUUGCUCGAAGCUGUUACAAAUUGGAUAAUGAGUGAUCAUUCUCUGUGUAUUGCUGCGCAAACGAUGCAACAUCCGCUUCCGCCUGGUGCAAUCGCAAUGGAAGCAACGACACCGAUUGCUGGGUUAUUAAAAUGGACUGUGUUGGCACCGAUUUAUAAAAUUGAUAGUCCUGUAUAUGAGAAGUUGCAUUUGGGGUUGUUGAAUAGUAUUUUUGAGAUUCCUGUCCUGCCAACGCCGAGGGCCGUGAGUGCCACGGCAUUAACUCAAUCAAAUGGUGGGAUUUUAAAGUAUGUGAUGGAUUUGGAAAAGAAAGCGAAGCUGGAAAAUGUGGAUAGACAUUUGUUGGUGAUGCGAGAUGAGAGUUUAUUGCUUAGUUUGGAGAGAUAUGCGCAAAUUGUGCAGGUGGCACUUACAAAGCGGUGUAUUUACGGAAAUAUUGACGAUUUGAUUGUUCAGAUGAGUUUUUUGCCUCAGACUCAUAUUGUAAGGAUUGUGAUUGAGAAUUAUAAACGAAAAGAAUGAUUUUUAGUAUUUUAAACAUUUAUUUCAUAUUAAACUCUUUAUUUUAUUUAAUAUUUGACUGAUUUAAUAAAGAAAUUAAUUAAAUUCUUUUAUAAUCAUUGAAAAAA